AUGCUGAUAGUGGCACUGCCGUUACACGCAUUGGCAGCAUCCUUUCUCUGGCAACCAGGAGAAGCUUUCUCGCUAUUUCCUUCUGCUGCCACUACGUCUUCUUCUCUUUCCAUGGGAGGAUAUUAUGCCGAUCCAGAGGUACCAUUGGAUCAAUCCAAUACUCACAUGGUGUUUGGACAACGUUGCUUGGAAACCAAAGUGGCGGUAACCGAAGAAACAACGCUCGUGUGGCUUCAACCAACAAACACCAAUGACGACGACGCCGGUCAAGUAGAAGUGGAUCAUGGGCCUCUUUUAGUACAGCAUCUGCUGCAUUCUUUGUCAUUCAAUAAUAAUAAUCAGGGAUGCUCUGUCCUCGAAAUUGGAGCCAGUAGUUUUUCGCUGGCGGCACUCUUGGCGCUGGACGCAUCCUUCGUGGUGGUAUGUCACCCACAGGAGCAACGGCUUCGGAUCGUAGACCACACACGGCAAUUUCUAAACCCAGAGUUACAGCAGCAAUCCUCAAAGGGAAGCUUUCAAACCGAGGUGCUCCAACCAGGAAUCCCUUUACCCAAAGCCGACGUUAUUGUUUUCACAACGACAGCUUGGGAUCGUCUGGAGGAAGCCGUUUCCAGUGAUCCAAUGGUGGUGUUGGUGCCACUCAGUAUCAUUUCUCAAGAUCAAUUGCAAAACUAUGAGUACGAGGAGACCAAUGGAGUAGUGCAAAUCAUUGCGGUCAAGAAGAAUGUUUGA